CAUGCUUCGAAAAAUUGUCCGCCUUCGAGAUGCCGCGCCGCCGAUUGCCGGCAAGCUGUUGUGACAGCUGUUUAAAUCGUAGCCAACAGUUGGCAACAGCCCGUCUUGGCACCCUUCACGCUUGGCCCGUCCCGCCAAGCGGCUUGGUGACGCCGCCUGGCCAGUGCUGGCGCAGGGAGCUUGACAUCUGAAAGAUGCAACAUCGCAACUUUGUCAGUUAACAAUCCUGGUCAUUGUCCACGCAAUUGUCCACCACCACGCUCUUUACUGACACAUCACGAGCGAUACCGAGAGCUUCAAAGACUAACGAGUCGACAAUCAGCAUCCAACUCGACAACCUCGAGUGACCUCCACGACCGAGUAACUUGCAUGCAUACAGCUCCCCCGUCAACGAUCCCCUGAACACGACAUACGAACAGGGACACCAGAUCACCACAUCGCGAACACUCGAAGCCCCAAAAAUGUCAAAUUACUACGGCGGCGGCCCCGCCCAGCCAAACCCCGGCCUCCAGUUCUACCAGUCCAACUACGCACAACCAGUAUCUGGCCACGCGACCCCAUCACAAGCAUCCUACGGCUAUGGCGGUCCCUCCUCCGGCGGCUUCGGCAGCAGCUUCACCUCUGGCUUCGCCGGCGCCCCAGGAGUAUCAGGCCGCAUGGACGAGCAAGGUGGGCUAAGAACAGGCUGGCUCGCCGCCUUUUCAGCAGAGGGGUACGACGGGGAGCCGCCCUUAUUGGAGGAGUUGGGGGUAUCAUUCACAAAGAUCCAGCGCAAGACCUUCGCCGUCCUAAACCCCUUCUCCCGCGUAGACCAACACCUAAUGGACGACUCCGACCUCGCCGGUCCCGUCCUCUUCUUCUUCCUUUUUGGAACCUUCCUCAUGCUCUCCGGCUCCGUCCACUUCGGCUUCAUCUACGGCCUCGCCGUCCUCGGCUCAGUAUCCCUCCACACAAUCCUCUCCCUCAUGGCACCCCCCGUCGACCCCUCCACCGCCGUUCCCUCCGCCCCCGGUCAAUCAUCCUACCCCGGCGCGCCCGUCCACCACCACUCCCAGUCCCAAUCCGGUGCCACGACCACAUUGACGUUUGCCCGAUCCGCCUCGGUAUUGGGGUACUGUCUCCUCCCACUGGUAGCCACCUCCCUAGUCGGAAUCGUCAUGCCCAUGGCGACACCCCUCGGGAUUUUCUUGACUACCUUGGCGGUGUUAUGGAGCAGUUAUGCCGCCAGUGGAAUCUUUUGCUCGGUGGGGGGGAUGAACAGGCAGAGGUUUUUGGUGGCGUAUCCGUUGGCGUUGUUUUAUGUCGGGUUUGGGAUCAUGGGCGUUUUUAGUAGCAGGGGGGGGAAGGCAGGGAAGGCGUAGGAAGGGGAGACGGAGUAGGAUACAGGGUUAAAUUUGGUGAGAUGGGGAAGAGGCUGGGGAGUGGGAAGGAAUAUAGCGUGGUGAUUAUGUUGAUAUUAUUAUGAUUAUUGCCAAAAAUGGGGGCGGUGUGAUGGAGUUGGGGGGAGGGGUUUAUUUCGGUGUAUUAGUAUAAUGACAGAUGAUAUUGAAUAUCAGAUGGGAUGAGAGCGCUGUGUUGAUGGUAGAAUAAUGGCCAAGUU